AUUACACCUAUGUCUACAAAUAUAAAUUCUAAAUCAAUUGGAAAUAGUUUAUAUGAAAGACGUAGAAAUUGGCGUGUACAUCAAAUGAAAUCAUGUAUGGAACCGCCAACAAAUUUUUCAAUUACAUCAAUAUUAAAUAAAGAUGAUGAUGGAAUAAGAUUAAAUAUUACUUCAAAAAAAUCAGAUAUAUUACAUAAUAAAGAAAAUUGGUGGGGGAAAACUAUUAGUCAUGAACCCAGUGUAUUAAUAACUCCAUUUGCCCAAAUUUUAACUAUUUUAAAUCGUGCACGAGAUUUCUUAUCUAAUUAUACUAUAAACUCUCCCUCAUAUUCUCCGCACGAUCCUAAUAUGUGUAGCACAAAGUCAGUUGGCUGUGAUGAAAAAUAUGUUAAUUGUCUACAUCAAUUUGAUGUACAUUAUGUGAAUCAAUUAUUAAAUGAUUUUGAUUGGUGUUUGGAAGUAUUGGAUAGUUUACAAUGUAAACGUUCUGUAAGCAGUUUAACACGAAUGAAAUUACGUAGUCUUCUUAGUCAAGAGUUGGCUGCUUCAUUUAAUCAAUCAAAUGAUAAAAUCAUCAAGAAAGAUUCAAUCAAAAAAUCAACUAUAACAUCUCAUAAUGUACGUUUCGAUGAUACAAUUUUAAAAAGCUCUCCACUAUCAUAUGAUCAAGAUAAUAAUAAUAAUAAGUCAAAUAUUAGUCAAAUGCAAAAACGUAAACAACAAUUUAGAAGUUGUAGAUCACAAGUUUGUGAAUAUAUUUGUAAAACAUUUCUUGAAGAUGAUGAUGAUGAUGAAGAUAUUGACAAUAAUCAUGAAGAUAACGAUGAUGAUGAUGAUGAUAAUAAUAAUAAUAACAAGAAGAAGAAUGAUAAUGAUGAGAAGAACUUCAAAAAUCUAUCUACAGAAAAAUCUAUUCAUUUGAAUAGUCCAAAAUCAAAACUUCGAUUCAAUGAUAAAUAUGAAAAAACAAUAGAUGAAUCUAGUGAGACAAUCGAAUCUACAACUGAUCGAAUAUCUGAAUCAAAAUCUAUCUCAUCUACACAAUUCAAUGAUACAGAUGUAAUAUCUACUACAUUAAAGUUAAUUACACUAAAUAUUGAACAUUUUGAUAAUUCAAUGGUGGAAAAUUUUAUCAUAAAUAAUCAAUCAAAUUUAGCUCCAGAUCUAUUUAAAUUAGAUCAAAUUUCUAAUCAUCAUCCUUUAAGUACACUUGGCUUUUAUUUAUUUAUGAAAACUAAUAUAUUACAAAAAUUGUCUAUACCUUCAGUGACAAUGUUAAACUGUUUAAGACAAAUUGAAUCACGAUACAAUUCAACUGCACCGUUUCAUAAUUCAAUUCAUGCUUUAGAUGUAUUGCAUGCAACUUAUCAACUAUUUCAAUGUAAUAGCUUAAAAAAUAUAUUCAGUGAUCUUGAAACGUUUGCAAUUUUCUUUGCUAGUGCUAUACAUGAUAUCGACCAUCCUGGUUUAACAAAUCAAUACCUUAUAAAUACAAAUCAUGAAUUAGCUUUAUUAUACAAUGAUAUUUCAGUUUUGGAAAAUCAUCAUUUACAUGUAGCUUUUAAAUUAAUUAAUACAGAGAAAGAAUGUGAUUUUACGCAAUAUUUUACUAAUCAACAAAAAUUAUUAUUUCGUAAAAUGGUAAUUGGUUUAGUAUUAUCGACUGAUAUGAGUAAACAUAUGUCAUUAUUGGCUGAUUUAAAAACAACCGUUGAAAAACAAAAAGCAUUUCAAGGCAAUGUAAUCAAUUUAGAUAGUUAUUCAGCUCGUAUGCAGAUAUUAGAAUGUAUAAUACAUGCAGCUGAUUUAAGUAAUCCAACAAAACCAUUAAAAAUCUAUCAAGAAUGGGUUUCAAGAAUUAUGGAAGAAAUGUUUCGUCAAGGUGAUCAAGAGAAACAAUUUGGAAUUGAAAUUAGUCCAAUGUGUGAUAGAGAAACUGCAUGCAUUUACAGUACACAAAUUGGUUUUAUUGAUUAUAUUGUUUAUCCAUUAUGGGAGACAAUGGCUGAACUUUUACAUCCAGGUGUACAAGUUUUAAUGGAUAAUAUAGCAAAUAAUAGAAAUUGGUAUGUGAAUGCAAAAGAGGAAGAAGAAAAAAGAAGCAAAUAAAACAAACAAUCAUAUUGAUCAAUAAUCAGUAAUCAUCAUCAUCAUCAUCAUCAUUAUCAUCA